AUGGAUUCUAACACACAUCAGGUCGAACAACAUAACCUCAAUGUCACCAACGACGCCUUGCCACAAAUAUGUGAUCUCUGCCACGAGAGUAUCAACGAUAGAGUCGUAAGUUGCAGUAGCUGUAAAAUGCCGUACCAUGAAUCAUGCAGUCGAGUUUCAUAUCCCGACGAAAAAUUCACGUGUUCUGCAUGUACUCAAAAUGCUACCAAAUAUCGUCGGUCUGCAGGCAGCACACAGUCGUCGUGGGACUCAAAAGACACUAUAAGCAGCAAACGUGCGCUUGAGUUAAAACGUUUACACGAAGAGAGAGAACUCGCUAAAAAACGCGAUCAAGAUUAUCUGUCUAAGAAGUAUCAAAUCCUGCAGGAAAUGAUGGACAAUGGAGAAUCACCCUCGUCAGCGUUAAAAGGGCAGGUAACUCAUGAUGUAACGGCAACUCAAGAAAGACCUACAAUGGACACUGAAGUCGAACAAAUGAAUAACCCAACCGCAAAAAGCCCUUCGUCAUGUGCUCCAAUAAUGUCAUAUACAGCACCUCUUAUGACAACAACACAAUCUUCAUUACUUCCAAACAAUUUUUACGAUACGAACACAUUUAAUGCUACUCGUUUUGUAGAACCGAUUUUUAACCUUCAUUCUACAAGUUACCAAAACCCGAAUCAUAGGUCGACCAGCAGUAGAACCCACCAACAAUCGUUCAUAAACUCUGCACCAACCGAUAACUCUCAAACGGCGAACUUCACAGAGCAAAUUUCAAGAACACAGCGAAAGCUCACAGCAGAUCAGCUACACUCUCGUCAAACUGUACCUAAGGAGUUACCUCUUUUCUCGGGCUCUCCAGAUGAAUGGCCUCUCUUUAGUUCCACCUAUGACUGGUCUACACAAGUCUGCGGAUUGACCGAUGCAGAGAACCUAAUAAGAUUGCAGCGAGCUCUUCGAGGCGAGGCAUUGGAGUCUGUGAAGCGGAUACUCAUCCACCCCUCGUGUGUGCCACAUGCAAUUUCCAUAUUGAGGGUUUUAUAUGGCCAGCCAGAGAAAAUAUUAUUUUCUCUAAAAAAUAAAAUCAAAGCACUUCCACCAGUUAACCCAAACAAAAUGGACACAAUCACAAACUUCGCAGUUCAAAUAAAGGGUUUACAAUCCACAAUAGAAGCUUGCGGUUUGGUCGACGAGUUGAAUAAUUCAUCUCUACUUCAGGAGUUAGUUGCUAAGCUUCCAUCUUAUUUUCAGAUUAAUUGGGGCUCCCAUAAAUUAACGUUGCAACAAAACGGAAAGAACGCGAAUUUGCUUGAAUUUUCAGCAUGGAUAUUUGAUAUUGGAUUAUCAGCGAGUACCGUAAAUAUAGAGAGCUCAAUUACUCCCUCCUCCUCUUCCUCCAUUCGUAAACAAAAGAAUUCAUUUGUGCACACCCAUGUGGAGACAAAACUAAAGAAAUGUUUAAUUUGUGAAGGAGAUUGCGUCAACACAGUAAAUUGUCAGAAAUUCAUAAAUGCUGAGCGAAGAGAGAGGUGGGAUAUUGUAAAAAAACUACAGUUGUGUAAGCAGUGUUUAAAAAGACAUUCUGGUGUUUGCUUCAACAAAAACAAAUUUUGCAAUUUUGAUGGUUGUCAAAUUAAACACCAUUACCUACUGCAUGGUGAUAAAAGAAACAACAAUAAACUACAGCACAACAUUCAGAGUAAAGAGAACGACGAAAAUGAAGAGAUUAAGAGCGCCCACAAUGUCAACUCGCAUAACAUAAACAAACCCAACAUUCUCUUCAAAAUUCUCCCAAUAAAGAUUUAUGGAAACAACAACAAAAGCACCGAAACAUAUGCAUUCUUAGACGAUGGUUCAUCGGUAAGUUUAAUUGAAGAAGACAUUUUAGAACAACUAGACCUAAAGGGAGAGUCAGAUCAGCUGUGUAUGACGUGGACUGCCAAUCUAAAAAGAACAGAGAAUAACUCACAACGAUUAAGCAUUAAAGUAAGUGGUGAUAAUAAUAAACAACUGACAUUGGACGUGCGCUCGGUGAAAGAACUAAUGUUGCCAAAACAAUCUAUUAAUUAUGAAUUGCUUUGCCGCGACUUUGCUUACUUAAGAGGCCUGCCCGUUAUGAGUUAUUUCGAUGCGACACCGAAAAUAUUGAUUGGUUUAAAUAAUGCAAGUGUAACAAAUUCGCAAAGAAUAAGAGAACGAGGUAUUAAGGAGCCUAUUGCCAUGAAAACACCACUUGGAUGGACAAUUUUUGGACCAUGUUGUAAUGACAGUCUGAUGGCCUAUAAUAUGCAUAUCUGCGAAUGUACAGAAAGGGAUGACCAAAUGCAACAAUUAAUAAAAAUGUUUUAUAAUAUAGAGAGUUUAGGCAUCAGCUGUCACAACACGUUAGAAAGCAAAGAAGACGAACGUUCGAUGGAGAUUUUAAAGAAUUUUACGAAACAGCGGGAUGAUGGGCACUAUGAAACCGCCCUUUUAUGGCGGUAUGACAAUAUAAAUAUGCCAAACAACUAUGAAAUGGCGAAAAGAAGACUUAUUUGUCUUGAAAAUAAAUUACAGAAAAAUCGUGAGCUGUUUGAAACCUUUUCGGAAAUUAUAGCAAAAUAUGCUUGUAAAGGUUUCAUCAGCAAGAUCGACAUAUCAACUAAACAUACCAAUGUUUGGUAUUUACCUAUUUUCCCUGUGUUUAACAGAAACAAGCCUGCAAAAUGCAGAAUAGUCUGGGAUGCGGCUGCCAAGUUCGAAGGCAUUUCCUUGAAUUCCAUGCUAAAUAAGGGUCCCGAUUUGCUGUCAUCAUUACCAGCAAUACUAUUUAAAUUCAGAGAAAAAUCAGUUGCCAUAUGCGGAGAUAUAGAACAAAUGUUCCACCAAAUUUACAUUCGCGAAGAAGACCGUCACGUGCAGCGAUUUCUGUGGAGAAACUGUGAAGUGAAUAGAGAACCAGAUGUUUAUAUAAUGAACGUCAUGAUAUUUGGGGCUUCUUGUGCCCCAUGCAUCUCACAAUAUGUUAAGAAUAUCAAUGCAUUACAAUUUGAGACUCAAUUUCCACAAGCCGCUGCUGCCGUUAAAGACAAUCACUAUGUCGACGACUUCUUAUAUUCCACCGAUUCUGUCGAUAAAGCUGUAGAAAUUGCGAAGCAAACUCAAUACAUUCAGAGCAAGGGAGGCUUUAAUUUGCGUAACUGGUGCUCAAAUAAAAGUGAAGUGGUUAACAAGCUGGAUAAUAAGGAGUUAAAUUUGGAAAAACAAUUAAAUGUUGGAACGGAUAACACAACGGAGAAGGUUCUUGGAGUUUUUUGGAAACCAGCCGAUGAUACAAUUAUUUUUAAAAUCUCGCCUCAUAUUUGGAAUAAUGAUUUAAUACGAGAAGAAAAGCCAGUGACCAAGCGACUAGUUUUGAAGGUCCUUAUGACAAUAUACGACCCACUAGGCCUCAUCGGAAAUUUUCUCAUGUAUUUAAAGAUAAUCCUUCAGGAAAUUUGGAAAAGCGGGGUAGAUUGGGAUCAACCUAUCCAAAAUGAACAGUAUGUCAAAUGGAGAAAAUGGCUUCAGUAUCUGCCCGAAUUGGAGCAAAUAAGCAUACCUAGAUGUUAUUUGCAAACAUUUGCAGAUUACGAAAAUGCAGACCUGCAGUUACACACCUUCGUAGACGCUAGUGAGAACGGAUAUGCAGCAGUGGCUUACCUUAGAAUAUCACAGAGCAAUAACACCAUUUGCUCAUUAAUAGGGUCGAAGACGAGAGUAGCGCCACUACGAAUGACUUCUAUUCCACGUUUAGAAUUGAUGGCGGCUCUCAUAGGCGCCAGAUUUGCAAAUAAUAUUAUUAAACAACACUCCAUUCCAUUAAAAGAAAAACACUUCUGGUCAGAUUCCAGAACAGUCCUCAGUUGGCUUACACAUAACAGUAAGAAAUACCAUCAGUUCGUUGCUUUGCGGAUAAGUGAAAUAUUAGAAUCAACGGAAAUAAAUGAAUGGCACUGGGUUCCUGGCAAGCAGAAUGUUGCCGACGAAGCAACAAAGUGGGCUAGAAGACCAAAUAUUUCAAAUGAAAGCCGAUGGCUAAAAGGGCCACCAUUUCUAUUGGAACCUAAAUGUAAGUGGCCAAUUGAUACUGCUACGCCAGAACCGUCAGAAGUAGAGGCACGCAUUAGUUUCCACAACGAUGAGGAAAUAUUAAUUAGUGCCUGUCGUUUUUCGAAGUGGAAUCGAAUGUUACGAUCCCUUGCGUACGUGGUGAAAUUCAAGAACAUUCUGAAGAAAAAUUAUAAGGUGAAAAUGGAGCUAACAUCACAGGAGUUAUUUGAAGCAGAAUGUCUAUUGUUCAAAAUUGCCCAGCAAGAAUUUUAUGCCAACGAAAUACACGUGUUAAAAUCUAAUAAGAACUUAACAAAAUCCAGUUCAUUGUACAAACUCUCACCGAUAUUCGAUGAAAAUGGAAUUUUACGUGUUGAUGGCCGAAUUGGCAACGCAAAUAUUCCACAAUCCGGAAAAACCCCUAUUAUUCUUCCCAGAGGGAGCCGUAUAACAUUUUUGCUAAUAUCGCAUAUCCACUCAAAGCUACGCCAUCAAAGUCAAGAGACUGUCGUAAAUGAGUUGAGACAAAUGUAUUAUAUACCUCGAAUGAGAGUUGUGGUAAAAGAUGCAGUUAAACAAUGCCAGGAGUGUAAGAUUAAGAAAUGUGUUCCAGUAUGUCCCCAAAUGGCGAAACUACCACCAUCACGCUUAUCAGCAUUUUGUUCUCCAUUUACUUACACCGGCGUCGAUUACUUUGGCCCAGUAAUGGUAACAGUAGGCAGACAUACAGAGAAACGAUACGGAGCUCUCUUUACUUGUUUAACAUUAAGAGCAGUUCAUAUAGAGGUAGUUAACACUCUUAAUACAUCCUCGUGCAUAAUGGCUAUUCGGAACUUUAUUUCUCGGAGAGGAACGCCAAGAGAAUUUUACAGUGACAAUGGCACUAAUUUUGUGAGUGCAGAGAGAGAAUUUCGAGUGGCAGUUAACGAGAUGGAUAAAAAUGAGUUUAUUCGAAAUUUUACCACUGCGACAACAAUGUGGAAGUUUAAUCCGCCCUCCUCUCCACACAUGGGAGGUGCGUGGGAAAGGCUAGUAAGGUCCGUUAAAACAGUUCUCUAUAAUAUAACCCCUAGUAGAGCACCAACUGAAGAAUUGCUACGCAGUAUGCUUGCCGAAGUCGAGAACAUAAUAAAUUCGCGCCCUUUGGUUUAUGUGCCAAUUGAUCACCAGAAUGCCGAGGCGUUGACACCAAACCAUCUUUUGCUAGGUUCUUCUAAUGGUAUGAAACCAUUAGCAUCAUACAAUGACAGUGGAGUGGCUCUCCGUAGUAAUUGGUUAUGUUCUCAGCAAUAUGCUGACGCAUUUUGGCGGCGCUGGGUUAGAGAAUAUUUGCCCUGUUUAACAUUGAGAUCUAAAUGGCACGAAAAGGCAAAACCGCUGAAUAUUGGUGACUUGGUUAUUGUGGUUGACCCAUCGAAUCCGAGGAACACCGCUUUACACUGGGCCGCCAAACAUGGCAAUGAAGAUGUCAUAAAACUUAUAGCCGGUACAUAUAAGGCUGAUGUCAAUGCCAGAACGUAUAUGAUUGGUAUGCUGUUGGCUGUUCUAGUUGAUAGGGCUGCCAUCUAUCGUUGUCUAGAAACAUCGCCGCUUUGA